GAGGAGACAUUUUCAGAUCGUCGACGGCGACACACUCCCUCCUCUACUUUUUUCUCUUGUGGUUUCUGGAGAUACAGAGAAACCAUGGCGGAUGAAGAAGAUGAGUUCGCGGAGGCGGAACUGAGUUACGACCAGAAGAAAGAGAUCGCCAAGUGGUUUCUCCUCAACGCUCCCGCCGGCGAAAUCAAUUACGUCUCCAAAGAUUUGAAAGCGGCUUUGAACGACGAGGAUGUGUACAGUGAGGCGACAAGGGAGGCUUUUCCAGUGUACAACAAGUCUCAUAUGAUUUGCCUCGAAAUGCCCGGUAGGGCUGGCGAUGUUAUCAUUUCAUCAUAUAGUGAAAUUAGAGAUUAUGAGUACUUUGAUCCUAGAACUGCCCAGGUUGCGGUUGUUGAUCAUGUUAAACAGGUUUGUACAAAGGUGAGGCCUGCAGAUGACGAAGAACUUCCAUCUCCAUAUGUCGAGGAGUAUAGAUAUGCUCUUGAUGCUGAAGUCCAAAGAUAUGUCAGUGAAGCUUAUCCUAAAGGCGUUUGCUCUGUUUACUGUGUUAAUGGAAAGGAUGCCGAAGGUCCAGGGUCUGACUUUGAGCUUGUUGUGGUGGUUUCCGCUAUAAAACUUAGUCCACAGAACUUUUGUAAUGGGAGUUGGAGAUCUAUAUGGAAUAUCGACUUCCGGGAUGAAUCCCAGGUGCUGGAUAUAAAAGGGAAAUUGCAGGUGGGAGCCCAUUAUUUUGAAGAGGGAAAUGUGCAAUUAGAUGCGAGAAAUGAAUUCCAGGAUUCGACAAUUUUUCAGUCUCCAGAUGAUUGUGCGGUGGCAGUAGCCAACAUUAUACGGCACCAUGAGACAGAGUACCUUGCAGCUCUAGAGGUAUCCUACUCGAGGCUGCCCGAUAACACGUUUAAGGAUCUGAGGAGGAAACUGCCGGUGACAAGAACGUUGUUCCCGUGGAGAAACACGUUACAGUUCAGCCUUACCAGAGAAGUUGAGAAAGAACUCGGAAUUGGCAAGUCUCUCUCCCCUCCACCUCAAUAACGCCUUCUCUUCCCUCUUUCUUCUUCUUCUUCUCCUUGUUUGUUCAUUGUCUUUAAAAGAUUUGUUGUCUGUUUCCUUCUCAUCUCAUUUCUAUCAAAUUGUUUGUUUGUUUUUUUGGGGUUUGGUCUCCCUCGUUCUUCUUCC